UAGGAAUCACCUUUCUUGUUUACUUUUACGUCCCCUCUCCCCUCUAUUCGCCUCGGUACUUGCUUGAGAUAUAUCUGCUCUCGCUUGUCCUUUCUGCACCUCUCUUAUCCUCGCUUGCUUUCAGUUUCGACGCAUUUUCAUAUCACCUUGUUCCUUCACACCACUCCCCUUCACGCUCCACGUCGCCCUCCUCCCUUUUCAUCGGUGCAGCCUCCUAUAUAGUCCGCCCUAUCAUUCCAAUUACUCUACUGUUUCUCUAGAAGCUCUGUUCGGUGUAGUCCUUUUUGGCAGUAGCUCAAGGAUAACAAACACUUCGUCACGAUAAUAUCUUCUCUACUUCCCGGAAGCACUCGUUUUCUAUAUUACGUCACCGAUAGCGGUUUCCACGUGCAUCAUCCCGACAGUAACUAAGAAGCCCCUCUUUACCAGCAUUUGAUUCCGUAGACCAGACAUGAAGAUAACCAGCGGAGUAACCCUCAUCGCACUUGCCACCCUUGCUGCCGGCCAGAGCCUGCAGCGCUGCAGUGGCUCGCACACGCGGCCAAACGCAGCCCGUAUGUCGUCAGCACAGUGGCAGUCGAUCGCAACUGUCCUGCGCCAGAUGAACGAGGACGGAUGGAUUGCUAGAUUCGGCCAGGCACACGAUCAGCUGUUCUCGCAGGUGCAUGGAAACACCGUGUUCUUCCCGUUCCAUCGCCGCUUUGUGCUUGAGUUUGAAAAUGUCGCACGCACGUAUGAUCCCAGCUUCGUAGUUCCAUACUUUGACGCGACAGAGAGCUACCGCGACCCUGCCAGCCACCCACUGCUGACGGCUGGCGCGCUUGGAACCAACGGUCAGUCAACUGACCGCUGCUUGGUCAACGGUGUGCAGGCCAAUACGCAAUUGUCAUACCCCAGCAGCCACUGUCUGCGGCGCAACUACAACAACGGCAACUCGAUUAACCCGUGGUAUGCUCCUGAGAUCAUCACAUCCUACAUCCAGACAUCGCAGACCCUGGCGGAUUUCCGCGAGAACAUCGAGUACAGCAUCCACGGUGCAGUCCACCUGGGACUGGCUGGCGAAAUGGACACUGGAUACGCCGCGCACGACUUCACCUUUCAUGCUGCAUCAUGCCAAUAUCGACCGCCUGUGCACAAUAGCUACAUGACUUAUGAUGGCUCUGGCCCUUCGGGUCCUGCGCAGCUGUCUGAUGCCAUCCCGUCUGCGUCAAGCAUAGCAUUCAACGGUGACAGGGUCAGUUCCAUGAUGGUUCUCGGAUAUGGUGAAGUUUGCUACAACUACGACACCAGUCCUGCGCCUCCAUCAAGCUAUCCUGGCGGUGCUGCAAGUGCUCCUCAGCAGAAUGGUCCUGCUGCAGCAGCUCAGCAGCCAAUUGAUAACCAAGGUCAAAGUGGUGGCCCGUCAAAUAAUGCUGCUCAGCAGCCAGCCGCUAACCAAGGUUCUCGUGGUCGUCCAUCGAACACCGCAGCUCCUCAACAGCAGCAGCAACAGCAGCAGCCUGCAGCCCGCCCGUUCCUGCCUUCAGGAUCAUCGAACCUGGCGAGCCGUGUCUUGGAGUCAACUGGCUUGUCCAAUGCUCUCGGUGGUGACGUGAGCCGCUUCUUCCCCAGCUUCGGCAGUGGGCUCUUCCGCGUGCACCGUCGUGGCUACAAGGAGAAGCCGGCGACUAGCUGCGGCGAUCCUAUCCCGUUCCCGCCGCGCCUGACGCCUGAGUGGAUUGCUAUGCACAAAUUCGAUCCUGACCGUGUCGAAGAGUUCCACAAGAACGCGUGCCAGAUCGUUGAGGUCCUCAACAACUCGACAUACACGUCGCCCUACUAGAUUUCCAUCUCAUUUCAUCUAUCACCAAGCUGCUACAAAAUGGCUCUUUUCU